UCAAACAAAUAAUAACCAAAACAAAAUAAAAAAAAUUACAAGAAAAGUAAAAAAAAUAUUUAUUUCAAAAAAGAUGUGAAAACCGUGAUAGUGUCUGUAUAUUUGUAAAAGCCUCCGGUACUCUAGCAAGCAUAAAGCAUAAAGCCACAGAGAAAAAUCAGAAUAAAUCCCAAAUCAAGGGCCAAAAAAACUGUUUUUUUUUUACUUUAUACAUUUUGAUUAUAAACCAAAAUAGUAUUGUAAAUUAAUAACAAUAAUCUAUGAGUCAGUGUUGUUAAGACUCUUUAGCGUUGAUUACUAAUGUUGUGAAUACAGAGAGAAAAAUGUCUGAAUUGCCAAAGGAACUGAAAUGUUAUUUCAGGCAUUGCCAAAGUUUACAAAGACUUUUGAGAGACACAAAUUCAUCAUUGGAUGAUAUCAAUGAUUUAUUUCAACUGGGGAGAGAUGUUAAAAGAGAAUUACUGAUCUGUGAUGCCUUGGAAGUAUUAUCACGUAAUGUCAAAAAGAUUCCCAAUUUAAUAGUGUUUGGACAAUCCUGUCAUGCGAAAGCUUUGUUUGUCAAUCGUUUGUUACAACAAGUAGUCCUUCCUUAUUUUAGCAACCAAUGGAGACAUAUAACUUUUAUGUAUGGCCCCACAAAAAGUAUUUAUCUAACACUUGAACAUGAAAUAGAGAUAGUCGAGAAGUUAAAUGCUCAUCAAGAUUCGUCAUGGGUGACAAUCCCCGAAGAGGAUUUAAAAAGAAAUGACACUGAAAACUUAUUAGACCACUGCCCAUCAGUAGAAGUUGUCCUGAAAAAUAAAAUAUUAAAAGAAAACUUUAACAUAAGUAUUCCUCCUGAUUGUCAGUUAGAACAAUUGGUUGAAAUAAUAUCUAAUAGAAUUGAAAAAGUUUUGCCUGUGAUAGUCUAUGUGGUAUCUGAAGACACGUUAAGUGAUGCGAAUAUACAGGAGAUAAGAAAAUUGAAAGAUAUUUAUUCAGUUCCAUUUUUGUUUGUGAGUGUCUCAUCAGGUACUCGGGUAGCAGAAGCUAUGUUAGCUGAUAGUACUGAAUCACUUACUGAAUCGGAAAAACAUCUCGUUGAAAGUCAAAGGAGUGAAAAUCAUUUACACAGCUUGCGAGAGCAAUUAACCAGAUUAGGAUUUCUCAAUAGCAAUCAAGAAAAAGAAAGUGAUAAAAUUCUCCGCAAAAAGUCAUUUUGCAUGGAAUGUUCAUUAGAUAAUGCUGUGAUGUGCUAUAAAUCCAUCAACAAAGAUUUUGUUCCAUUUAUUAAAGACCUCUUAAAAUCAAAAGUUCUUCAAAUGGCCAAAUCAAUAAGUGAGAUUCAUAAUUCCUGCCUGAAAAAAUUCAUACUGUGUGCAUUUGACAUGGCAAGAGAAAUACAAAUUACUCCAAGACGAAUUUUAUAUGCCCAAGAAAUUGAGUUAAAAAUGUAUAAGGAUCUUAUGAAAAUUACGACUGAGGAACAAGAAAAAAUCAUGAAUAUCAUACAAAAAAAUUUGCAAGAUAUGAAGUCUAAUGUAGCAGAAGUAUUAGAAGGAUAUAACUCCUCAAAUACCGGUCAACUCCAGGUUUCACCUAAAGUCGCAACGAUGGAAAUCCAACAAUUAGUUUUACAAAGGCUAAGAACAGCUGUAGCUACGCAAUUAGUCCAAUCAGUAGGAUGUUUACAGGAGAGCUUUACUGGAACCCUUCAGAGAUGUUUAGAGAGCCUGGAAAAAAACUGCCAUGAUUUAGAAAAUAAUCUGUCUGCCUCUGAUGCAGUUAAGCAAAUUAUUCAUGCUGCUUACAACGUCGACUUAAAGACUCCCACAUCAUUCUCUAUUAUUCACAACUUUAUGGAUAGAUUGAGGAAGUUGCUAGGCUCACUUACUUCGCCUUGGUCGUCAAAUAGCCAAUUCCAGUGCACCCUACAGUGGCAGCUUCAAGUUGUUACUAAUAUUAUUGAUUCGCUGAGUGCUUCUAAAUUGGCUAAAACAAUAUCAACGCAGUUUCAAGAGCAUGUAAAGUCGUCACAUGAAACUUUCUUGUCAGCAAUGCGCAGCUUAGACAACCAGCUUUCUGGCCACCUUGAACAUACUGAAGAACAAAGAAUCGCCAUAAGGAAAAAACACGCCCCAAAAUUGGCAAAAUUGGCCCUUGAGAGUACUUCGAUGUGUGAUUUGGUUAGAUGGGGUAGACCUAAACUAAUUAGGGAAAUUGGACGAGGCCAGUAUGGGGUAGUUUCGUCUUGCGAACCAUGGGGUGGAGUUGAUCCUUGUGCGAUAAAGUCUGUGGUUCCUCCAGAUGAUCGACACUGGACUGAUUUGGCAAUGGAGUUUUAUUACACAAGAACAAUUCCUGAACACCCUCGAAUAGUGAAAUUAAGAGGAUCUGUGAUAGAUUACACAUACGGAGGAGGUUCUUCUCCUGCCGUUCUCCUUAUAAUGGAACGAAUGCCUAGAGAUCUCUAUUGUGGUUUAAAGACUGGUCUUUCAUGGAUAAAAAGGUUACGUAUAGCCAUUGAUGUCAUUGAAGGUAUUCGCUAUUUGCAUUCGCAGGGACUAGUACAUCGAGAUAUUAAAUUGAAAAAUGUUUUGCUGGAUAAUGAGGAUAGGGCAAAAUUAACAGAUUUUGGAUUUUGCAUACCGGAGGCCAUGAUGUCUGGUAGUAUAGUUGGAACACCUGUGCACAUGGCUCCCGAAUUACACAGUCGCCGUUACGAUUCAAGUGUUGAUGUUUAUGCUUUCGGCAUUCUCUUUUGGUACAUAUGUGCUGGCAAAGUAAGACUUCCAACGCAGUUUGACCAAUUCCAAAAUAAGGAACAAUUGUGGAGUAAUGUUAGGAAAGGAAUAAGGCCUGAAUGUUUACCACAUUUUAAUCAAGCCUGCUGGAAUCUCAUGGAACAGUGUUGGGCUGCAGAGCCUUCAGAGCGACCUCUUUUGGGCCACGUCCAGCCGCAACUGGAGCAAAUUUACAAUAACGCGAAGUUGGAGGCAAACCAAGAUGCCUUAUCAGAGGAGGAUGUGAAAUUAGGUUAUCAACAGUUUAAUUUAUGUAAAAACCAAAUUUAACUUUUUUUAUUUAUGUGAUUACUAUAUUACUUAACGCUCGAAGCUGUUUAUCAGAUGUUUACAAACUAAGCAAAAACUUUAUUAUUUUUCCAAUAUAACCAUUUUUUAUAUAUCACUUUAGUUUGGAAAAUGUCUCAUUUUAAAUUCGAUUUGUAAGUAAAGAUUUUUUAGAAGAACAAACAAAUAUUGUGUAUUAUGUGUAUUAUGUUCUAUUAAGCGAAAAAUUUACAUGAAGUUUUUUUUUAAUACUUACAUUAAAAGCGAAAUAAUGAAAUUUUUGCUUACUUUAGGACACUGUAUAACUAGUUCUUAAAGUUUAAUAGGUAUUCUUUUACUCAUUGC